UCACACACACACAGCUCAGCUGGUUUAGGCGUGUGAUGCAUUUUUGCCUGGCAUUCUGCCUUUGCCUCAUACCCAGGUCACUUAUUUCAAUGAUUUUUGCAAGACUGUAGCUGGUAUUUUUGUGACGUUUUCUUGCAGUUGUGAUUUAACCAGUGAAGCAGGAGGGGAAAUGAAAGAAAAACACCAAGCUGGUACAGGAUGUGGUUUUACUGAACACGCAGCAAUGAAGAUUAAAAUUUUUGAUGCAUGACGUUUUCAACAGCAAAAGGAAGUCAGCGGAUAAAUUUAGACCCAAAAACUACAAUUGUAAGAUUUGUAAAAGGAUCAGACAGUUUUACGUAUGGCUCGGCUUGCCUCUAUAUUUCUCGGAGUUGCUUGUGCUUUGUUGCACUCAGCCUUUUCGAGUUAGUUCUUGCUCGUAAAGCUGAUCCAAGUUUCCUUCAGGGUCAGUAACUUCCUUUCCUGAGAUGAGAGUAUCUUUAAUUGUGGCCGUAUUUUGAUUGCCCUCAAUUCUUGAACAGACUGCUGAUUUCUUUGAAAUAAUUCUUGGCAAGCUUUUCUCAGAUGAAAACCUGCGAGAAGAGGAUUGGGAAGCUGAGGAGGCCUUUGAGAUGUUUCUGGCCAAACGAUUCUCCAAUUAUAAGGUGUUGCAUUCUAUCCUGGUUUGAGUCAACUGUUCAGCACUAACUGCUGCUUCACAACAGUCAAAAAAGCAGCAUCUGUCAAAAUGGGUUGUGGCCUACCAAAGCUGGAAAAGCCUGAUGAAAACAGUCCAGGCAAAAUCUACUCAACACUUAAGCGACCACAAGUAGAAACUAAAGUGGGAAUAGCUUAUCAGUAUAAACUCCUGGAUUUCACCACAGCAGAGACUGAAAUAACAAACUCGUCUGCAGUUAAGCUCUCCUCCUUACAUGAUCUUCCCACUCAGCUACAUGAACUCUACCAGAAGGGCUUUGUUCUGGCUGGAUUUCACUCCUUCAUACAGUCAAUUGAUGUGGAGAAAACUCCAGAAGAGAAAAUGUUCAGGGCCAUUCUGAUCAAACCAGCAGUGAGCUCUGAAGAGAAUAAUGCCAAGACUGAGCCAUGCAGCCUUGAAGUAGAAUUGAGUUUGCUGUCCAACCAACUUCCUAAAUCAAAAGGGCUAGCAGAUGUUCUUCAAAAAGUACAAGAAGGAUCAAGAAAAGGCUUACGGUUUGUUGGACUUGUGCAGCGCCAAACUUCUCCAGCAGAUUCCACAGAAAGACAUGAAGAGGUCUCAGCAGUUAACAGUCCUUUGUGUCAAAACAACUCAGUGAAAGAGGGAAGGAAUGCUGAUCUGAAUGUACAAAAUAAUACGGAUAGAGAUAAACUGGCACAAAAUCAGGAAACAGAGGCUACGGAGGGGGAGGCAAAACAAAAAAUAAGUCAAGGGGAGGAACCCCAAUCCGAAGGACAAGCUAGUCAAGGUCAAGCAAAAGAUGAAGAGCAAAUCAAUAGCCAACCCAUAGCAGAAUUAACAAGACAGGAAUAUCAAAAUGAUGAAAGAGGGAUACAAAAUAAGAACACAGCUCAUUGUGAGACAGAAGGCAAAGUUACUGAUAAACAAGGAGUUUCAUCACAAGCAGAAACAUUUAAAACCAAAGCAGCAGACAGACUGCAAACUGAGAGGCCAGCUGGGGAGGAGCAGUCUCUCACAGCAACAGACAAACACAAUGAGGUGAAACAAAUAACAGAAAGCCAUGAAGCAGCUGAAAUGACGACUGUGUUAGAGGCUAAUGACACCAAACAGGGAGGACAUUUGGGACAAGGAAAAUCCGAAGAGAAUGGGAGGAAGAAUGGAGUGGAAAAUGAAGUGUUUCUCCUUUUCAAUAAAUCACAAGCAAACCAGAAAUCUUACAAGUAUUAUACAACCACAAUUCCACUGAAGAUCUGUAAAAAGGGACAGGAUAUUAACAGUAUAGAAGCAAACUGGCUAGAGCACAUGACGCAGCACUUCACAAAGGGAGCCCUGUUGGUGGAUGCUUUGAUUUGUCUGGGAACACCGACCGAUUCCGUACCAAAAUCAGUGGAUGGGCUCUUUAUCUUUGAAGGAAUUUCUGAGGACAAGUGUGAAAGCUAUGAUGCCAUAGUUGUGGAGCAGUGGACAGUGAUUAAUGGUGUUGAGGUGAAAGCUGACUAUGUUCCCUUGCUGAAUUCUCUGGCUGCAUAUGGCUGGCAGUUAACCUGUGUGCUUCCUACUCCUAUAGUAAAGAGGGACAGUGAAGGGAAUCUUGCUACUAAACAGAUUGUUUUCCUUCAGAGACCCUCAUUACCCCACAAAGAAAAGAAGAAAGAAUCAAAGAAAAGAUCAACAAAAGAUGACAAGCCAAGCAAGCAAGACAAAAAUUGCUUAAAAGAUAAAAAUGGCAAAGUGACUGUUCAAGUGAAGAACUCUGCAGGAGAUUCCAAUGAAAAAGAAAAACAGGAACAAAAUGUUGCAAAGAAUGGUGACAAAGAAAAUGCUGAAAAGGGAAUAUCCUUGAAAACAGAGGGAAAUGGAAAGGAAAGUGAGCCUGCAGCUGAAGCAGUACAAGACUACAUUUGUGUAACAAAUGCUGAAAUCGAGAAAUGUGCGGAAGUGGGUGGGAGUGCUGGGGGUAACACUGUUCCAGAAAAUAUAAUCAAUGAGGCCAGUGGCAACAAUGAUAUUUGUGAAAAAGAGAAUGGGCAAGAUGAACAGGAAGAGUGUGACAAUAAAUGUCAAAAUGGCACAAUUAGCAAAAGUGAGGAAGAGGCCAGCCAAACAAAAAUAGUUGCUCCAGCAAACGAGGAGUGUGUUGUCACCAGUCAGCAGCUUGACAGCGUGCCAGCUGCUGAGAUGGUAGCCGAGGCCUCGAGGGAGACAGGUGUGUCCAUCACAGAAAUGACUGAGAGUGUACCUGAGGAAAGGGAAGGAGUCAUCGCUGUAUAAGGUAGUGAUGGUAGAGUCACUGAAUAAAGCAGAAUUCCUGUUUGAUAUAAUUAUCUGUUUUGUCCUGUGGAGUACUCUUGCUGGCCAGGUUUUAAUAUACUUUUUAAUGUCAAUAUUGUGUCACACAUAGUGCAUGAACUCACAAUUACAAACUUUGCUUCCUGUGCAAUAGAACCAAAUACAAACAUUGUAGGCUGGCAAUUUUUUUGUUUAUUUGUGAUACUACAGUUGAUGGUAUGACUUGCUAACAGAAAAAUUACUAAUAUGUAGAAAUAUGCUGGUGAUAAAAUACUUUUUGUGUUGUUUCAGGUGAAAUGGUAACCUUCUCAGAAUUAAUGUAAUAUCAAAUACAACAUUUUUAUACAAAAAUAAA